AUGUACGGGAAGAAGGCCUGGGGCGGAGAUGUCGACCCUUUUAUCCAUGUAACGCUAAACAAGCUCCCACCGAAAGAGCCGAGUCCGAUGAUGAGCUUGGUUAUCUUUGAAUGGAAGGAUGAGGGCCUGAUCGGUCGAUAUGCUGCAGGAGACAAGAACAAGAUUCGAAAAGAGACCUUAUGCCACCAUGACAAUAUCAAAGCUGGACUAUGCGAUGAGAAAUCAUUAGGGAUGUUCAUCCUCGAGCCAAAUGCGACAACGCGCGCGCGAUCGACCCUUGUUACAAUGGCUGUAAAUUUGACGGACGCACAACCAAUCAAAUAUCCUGUGAAAAAGAGCGGCUUCUAUUGUGUGGUUACGUUUCCCUUUUCCGGGGAUGACUACAGCGGGAUUGUGACGUUCAGAAAUGCGUACGGAGAACUUUCAGCACCGCAGAUCCCGAAGCUGGCCUUUUACGGCGGUUUAACAAUAUUUUACGCCGUAAUUGGAGUCAUCGCCACGACAUCCCUAAUCGUCCCCCCAGUUCCGGUCCAAAACUAUAUAACUGCCAUACUCGUGUUCCUUGUAGUUGAACAGCUCAUGACCUGGGGCUUUUAUGAUUAUCAGAAUAGACAUGGCAUGAAUGCCGUAACGCGAGUGCUCAUGUUUAUUGUGGCUGUAUUGAAUGCUGGUCGCAACUCUUUCUCCUUUUUCCUGCUCCUCAUCGUUUGCAUGGGUUACGGUGUCGUCAAGCCGUCUCUUGGCCGUACGAUGAUUUACGUCCGUUUCCUUGCCAUUGGCCACUUUGUUUUUGGCGUUAUCUACGCCGUCGCCAGUCUCUCAAUAGCCCCGGAGAGCGCUGGUCCAUUGGUGCUACUAGUCGUCCUUCCCCUUGCUGCCACCCUCACCGCAUUUUACGUUUGGACCCUGAAUUCGUUAAGCGCUACGAUGAAAGAUUUGCUUGAUCGGAAACAACGAGUCAAGGCUUUGAUGUAUAAGAAACUAUGGUGGUGCAUUCUGGGAAGCAUCAUAGUGAUAUUUGGCUUUUUCUUCAUCAACUCAUUCCUUUUCGCAAGCAAAAGGGUGGUCGAUUAUAUUCCUGAACACUGGAAAACAAGAUGGUUUGUUUUGGAUGGCUGGCUCAAUAUCGUCUACCUGUUUGAUAUUGCGUUCAUCGCAUAUCUUUGGAGACCAACGAUGAACAACCGACGUUUUGCUAUGAGUGACGAGAUUGCCCAAGAUGACGACGGCUUUGAGAUUCGCUCGCUUGCUAGCUCGCUAGACGAUGAGGAGGCUUUGGGCGGCAACUCAAAUGAUAGGAAUGCGGGCGGCGCACCAGCGGAACAUCCAUCAAUUGCAGCUCUCUCCACUCAACAUCCACCGCCUCGUGAUUCAAUCGAUGCUGAUCACUUUGCAGUCGGAGAGGAUGUAGACCGGUGGUCAGACGAUGAGUCACCAAGAAAUUCGACGGAGAGGAAAGGUUUGAUGCAUAAGGACGAUUAA